UGCUCUUAUUCCAUCUUUCAACCAUCGUGACGACCAACAGAUGCAUGCUUUGAUGUUCGAGACUCCAUCGUGCCGGCAAAAAUGAAACCCCCAGCACAUACCUAUCAGCUCUCCACCUUUCCGGAUAUCGUCUCCCGCAUGGCACAGAUUCCCGCCCUGAUCCUGAGCACUCGACCGGCCCAUUAUAGAGCUGGCUACCCCAUGGGGCAAAUGGCAAUCAUGGAGCUAUAGGUCCCACUUCGCCAGGUUAGCUUGUUGCUUGACUCGACCCUGCCGAAAGGAAGCUUGCAAGCUACAAAUAAAGGUCCGCGUCCUGCGAAUUUUCGAGCAGACGACCACAAUCAGCGUCUCUUUACGGGCCCUUCUUCAGCCUGCUUGUUCUGGGUGGUAUAUUGCCGGUGAAAAAUGACGAAAACGAGUGGGUAUAACAUUGCAGUCGGCUUGAUUGUGGCAGUUGGCAGCUUCACAUAUGGCUUUGGAUUUGCCUCCUUCGCCACCAGUAUUGGACAGCCCGGCUUUUUUGCCUACUUCAACCUGGCCACAACAGGGCCGACAGCCGCGUACACCAACCACAUCCUCGGCGCCGUGAAUGCGCUUUUCUUCUUCGGCGCCUGCCUCGGUGCCCUCGGUGGCGGACCGCUAGCUGACAAAAUAGGCCGGAAAUGGACCCUCUUCGGGGCCGCACUUAUUGCCAUUAUUGGUGGCGCCUUGACUGCGGGCAGCGUCCACAUCGCUAUGCUCAUUAUCGUCCGCAUCCUCCAGGGCUCUGGAUUGGGUGCUCUGGCAACACUGGUCCCCAUCUACCUCUCAGAGGCUUCGACUCCUUCCAAGCGAGGAAUGCUGACUGGACUUCACGGCUUCUUCCUGGUUUCUGGAUACAAUAUCUCCGCAUGGGUUGGCUUUGGAUGCUUCUUCUCGGAUAACCUCACUUUUGGAUGGAGAGGUCCACUAGCCUUUACAUGCAUACCGCCGCUAAUUCUUCUCAUCGGCUGCUUCUGGAUCCCAGAGUCGCCCAGGUGGCUGAUCGCCCAAGGGCGCACUGACGAAGCGUGGGCGGUUCUCAGCAGGCUGCACAAAGAUCCAAGCGACCUCGAUGAGAUUGCCGCCCACGAGGAGUUCUACCAGAUGAAGAAACAGAUCGAAUUCGAGUCCCACAAUCCCAGCGGCUACCUCGCUAUCCUGCGGACGCCCUCUUAUCGCAAGAGAGCCUUCCUCUCCUGCUUCGUCCAGUACGCGGCAAACGCUACCGGCGCGCUCGUUAUCAACUACUACUCUGUCAUCAUUUACGAGAACCUCGGCCUGAAGACGUUCUUCCCGCUUCUUAUGUACUGCGUAUACACGCAGAUUGGCGCAUGUGGAAAUCUGUUCUCGCUCCUCACUGUAGACAAGACUGGACGCCGCUUUGCACUUCUCACCGGUUUUACUGGCGUUCUCAUCUGCGUCGUCGUCGAAGCGGCGAUGGUGGGACGCUUCGUCGAAGGGCCGACGCCUAGCAUUGCAGGGCAGAAAGUAGCCAUUGUGGCGAUUAUGAUGUUCGUCUUCUUCUACGGACUCUUCAUCGACGCCGCGAGCUUCAUCUACAGCGCCGAAAUCCUGCCCACCAACAUUCGGUCUCCAGGCGUCGCAAUGGCAACAACAACGUACUUCAUUGCCUGCAUAACGUUCGUGACGCCAGGCGCUACUGCCAUCGCAAAUAUCGGUUACAAGUAUUUCGUCAUCUUUGCCUGCUUGACAGUGGUGUCAGUCGUCGUGAUAUACUUUAUGUAUCCCGAGACGAAAGGCAAGUCCCUGGAGGAGCUGGCGGAACUCUUCGGUGACCCGGUGCUUGUGCAUCUCACGGAUGCGACGGACGAGCAGAGGCAGCAGAUGGAUAUGGAGAUCAAGAACGAGAUGAUUGCCGAACAUCGGGAGGAUGUCAACGUGUAAAUAAGGGCUCCUACUCACCAAGCAGUUCAUGC